UUCGCCUUCUCUAAUACCUAUUGGUUUCGUUUUGAUCAAAACCCUAGCUUUCGAUUCCUUUCUCUCCCCUUCUACACCUCCUAAUCGCUUCGGCAUUGCGUGGGCGAUCCCUCGGAUUCGCGAUUUUGUAUUUACAGAUCAAAAAUGGAAUUCGAAGACCGAUACCGGAAGGUUCAGAGGACGAAAUAUGAUUGCCUUCUCUUUGAUUUAGAUGAUACGCUCUAUCCUUUGAGUUCCGGAAUCGCAGUCGAGUGCCUGAAGAACAUUGGGGAUUAUAUGGUUGAGAAGCUUGGCAUUGAGGAAAGCAGGAUUGCGGAGCUGUGCAAUUUGCUCUAUAAGAACUAUGGUACCACAAUGGCCGGAUUAAGGGCUGUUGGCUACAAAUUUGAUCACGACGAUUACCAUGGUUUUGUUCAUGGAAGAUUGCCUUACGAGAAAAUCAAGCCCGACCCUGUUCUUAGACACAUUCUUCUGAGCCUGCCAAUUCGCAAAGUUAUAUUCACGAAUGGCGACAAGAUUCAUGCUGCUAAAGUCCUUAAGAGGCUUGGGCUAGAGGACUGUUUCGAGGGAAUCAUUUGCUUUGAAACUCUGAACCCUCCAUCUUCUUCCUCCGAAUCAGAGACUGAUGGCAGAAUCUUUGAUAUCGUCGGUCACUUGUCUCGCCCAAAUGAAGGCGUUGAGCUUCCAAAGACGCCGAUUCUGUGCAAACCAUAUGUAGAAGCAAUGGAUCAAGCUCUCAAAAUUGCCAACAUCGACCCUCAGAGGACGAUUUUCUUUGACGAUAGCGUUCGUAAUGUUCAGGCGGGAAAACAAAUAGGCUUAUACACUGUUCUGGUUGGUACUUCUCAUCGGGCCAAAGGCGCGGACUACGCAUUGGAGAGUAUCCACAACAUUAGAGAAGCAUUGCCCGAGUUGUGGGAGGAGGCUGAGAAGUCCGAGGACGUGUUGUACUCGGGCAAGGUCGCAAUAGAGACUCCGGUGACUGCUUAAAGAUUCGCCCUUUGUAUGUAACUUCUCGUGAGGAGCGGAACGCGUGGAAAGGGAAUUGACCUCACAGCCCAUCUCUGUAUCAUUUACUGCUGAAAAUUUUCUACUUAUGGGGGGCAUAAACAAAAGGAGAAGGGGAAGUUACUUGUAGAAAAGGGGAGGACAUUACUGUAGGAUGCUCCUCUUUGUGUUAGAGAAAUAUGUAUGUAAUUAGCCUGAUGAAAUAAAAUGCCUUUGUUUCUCUACA